CGCAGACGUUAAGUUUAUCCUGUUACUGCGAUCUAGAUACCAGGAAUUUCUCAAUCCACCGCGGCUCCGAGGCACAGUGUCUCCCCGCCUUCUCAGCUUAUUUUGCCUGACAGCGAAACGGCACGACGCUAGUCGCUAGGAUCGAAGGCAAAGCGGGUGUUUGCAUUUAUCGUCCUGGAAACGUGUGAAGCACAGCAAAGUAGCCGGCGUUGUGCGUGCGGCUGGCUCCCCGCGGCCAAUUAGACUGAAGUGGGCUUGUUGGGUGACGUGCAUGCGGAGUAAUCACACGUCUUCAUCACACGGAGCGUUAUCAGGGCCUGCUUCCCUCAGGACAAGACUGCUGCAGCCGCACAGGCAGCUGAAUCAGGGAACAACAACAACCAACAUGGCAGCACACUUCGUACCACCGGCCUGCCUGGUACGGCUGAUGGUGAUGGUAGUGUUGUCUGUGUGCGUGCGUGCCAGAACGUGCCUUCAUGAUGCAGCUUUUCCGUCCAAUGUUUCGGCCUUCCGUCCUUACAACGUGACCCUGUCUGAAGUAGCGUCCGACACAGCUACAGUUGGCUGGUGGUACGGGUGGCCUCCUCAGCCCGGUGCCGACCUGCCCUCUGAUAACUACACGGAUAGUGGACAUGUGGACACAAACGGCACCGAAAUGGCUCUCACUGGUUUUGAUGUCGUGACAAGAGUAGCUGACGACGUCUACGAUACCAGGACUAUCACGACAGUUGACGCAUCGCAAAGAUCUUUGCCGCUCACGUACCUUAAACAGGAAACGGCGUACGUGGUCUACGUCUACGCGAACCAUGAUGAGUUCUGCGUCCGGAGUGGGGAGACUGUGGAAUUUGUGACGACAGCAGAGUAUUCAGUAGACGGUGAAAUGUUGUCAACCCACUCGGAGGAUAACUCGAGAAUGGAACAACGAAUUUUCAUGAUUUUUGAUACCAAUCUUUUCCGGAAUAUCCAGAGUGGCCUACAGAAGGGGACAAGAAGUUCACUAUAGAAGAGUUUGUUCUCAUUGGAGUCGUCGUCCUUGUGUGGCUCUCCGUCAUUGGUCUGUUUCUGCGGCAAUGGGAUCACAUCCGAGGCAUGGCACCACGUGACACCAUGCGGCCGCGCCCUCCUACCCCUAAGCCACCAACCAAUGAGGAGUACCCUACUAUCACCAUCGUGCAAGACGAGAAAGAUUCCCUCAUAAGGACUACUCGGUUUUGAUCGGAUUUGGUCCAAACAUUUGUUCCACUUCAGAGUCAAGUAGACAAUAAAGGUACAUGCUUAUGUACUCCGGAAGGAAAAGUUAUGCGAUGUUGUACUUAUAUGUGAAGUUUAAAAAAAAUGAAGGUUCAGUUGUUGUCAGUCACAUGUCUUAAACGUUAUAUUGGUGUGUGCAGAAGUGUUUUGAUGUUACGAGUAACUUACCAAUUCAAACGUUUAGAUGUCUUUGGUCUUCUGACGUCAUUGUCUUGUCAUUUUAUGAUCAGGUAGCGCAGUGCGUUUCACAAAGUUCAGUUCUAUUGCAUACCAUGUUUUAAAGUCUUAGCUUAAGUUGGACGUCCUUUAUCACCCCGCCAUGAAGUUAGCUUGUUUUGUGCUUCUGUACAAUCUGACAAAGAUUAAAUCUAAUACUGUAUCUGGGAGCUGGCUUUGAUGUAUACCUAUUUUUUUUUUCAACCUAUAUUAUGUCAUAUGCGUUUUUGCUAUUCCAUAGGCCUUCUUUACUUGCUACUCCUCGAGUAUUUUUUGCUUUAAAUAGAAUCGUACAAAGUAAUGCCCUUUCACACUUUGCCUUAGUGUAAUUCCUUAUGAGUUAUACAGUGACAUUUCUUAAUAAGCAGUCUUGCUAAUAUGCAGUCUUGUUGCGCACUGCAUACGCACCUCAUACGCAAUGGAUAUAUUGAAGACAUAUUUCAUACGCAAGAUAGGCUUGUCGUAAAAUUAAAUUUAUUCCGAAAAUUCCAGAUGUUGGGUGCACAAUUGCGUAUUGACUCCGAAAUUCAUACGAACAUCA